AUGGUGGAGAGUGAAAAGUCAAAUUUAAAGGAAUUAGACCAGUGGAUCGAACAGCUGUAUGACUGCAAACAGCUAGCAGAAACCGACGUGAAAAAGUUAUGUGAUAAGGUACGUAAAUCAAAUGCUAAAGAAAUUCUCACCAAAGAGUCGAACGUUCAAAAUGUGAAAUGUCCGGUGACUGUUUGCGGCGAUGUACACGGACAGUUCCACGAUCUUAUGGAGCUUUUCAAGAUGGGUGGAAAAGCUCCGGAUACGAACUACCUAUUUAUGGGUGAUUAUGUAGAUAGAGGCUACUACUCCGUUGAAACGGUUACACUGUUAGUGGCGCUGAAGGUUCGUUACAAAGAUCGCGUGACAAUCUUGCGAGGAAAUCAUGAAAGUAGACAGAUCACUCAGGUUUACGGAUUUUAUGACGAAUGCUUGCGAAAAUAUGGCAAUUCAAAUGUUUGGAAAUAUUUCACUGAUCUUUUCGACUAUUUUCCCUUGACGGCUUUGGUUGAUGGACAGGUAAUAUACUGUUUUUGUCUUUGUUGA